GAUUUUGUAAAGAAAUUAAAAUUUCUUGGGAACUGUGUGAUAAUGUUUCAAAGAUAGUUGUAUUUGGAUACUUGUGCAUUUGUUUUGACGAGCAAAAGAAAUAUAACAUGUUUGUAACAUAAAUUUAACGUGGGGAAAAUUAUGUACGUAUUUAUUUAUAUCGUCUUCACGGCGACAGUAACGCAUGCGGACGCAAAUGUCACUGCAUCACCCAACCAAACGAACACAACAUCUACUGUAUCAACAACUAAAAUAACACCUAGUACAAGCAAUAUCCCGAAUCCCGAAACUGCAAAUCCGUUUUUGUUAAAGCUAUUCAAGUAUUCCGUGAGGGGUAGAGUAAAUGAAAGUUUUAUUGCUGACUUAAAGAAUGCAGACUCGCUGACCUUCAAACGGGCUUCAGAUAGAAUCAAUGCAGAGUUUAAACAACUAUUUGGUGGAUAUGGUCUUAAUGGAAGUUAUGUUCUCGGGUUCUCUUCAAAGAGUUAUGAUACAUUAUACGAUGCGUUACUGUAUUUUCAUGUUUCCUCUCAAAUUAACACAACUCAAAUCAAAAACGACGUGAACCGACAGAAAUCAUCAGUACUCGGUACCGUAGUGACAAAAGAAUUGUGCGCCCAAUACACCUGUACGAAUGCUACCCAAGGAACUUGUACUUACGUGGGAGGCGUGGCUAUAUGCAGUUGUAAAAUUGGAUUUCGUGGUAUCAGAUGUGAGGGAGCUUACACUGUCAAUGGGACUGUGUACAGUCAAUGGACAGAUUGGACACCCUGUACAAAGUCAUGUGACACAGGAGAACAAAAAAGACGAAGGGUAUGCAAGCCUAAACCAAUCAAUGGAGGCGUGUGUGUGAUUGGUCCGUACGAAGAGUUAGUAAAUCGAACAUGUAAUGCUAAACGCUGUCCCAGGAAACAUGACGAUGAUGACUACUACUUGGUUGCGUACAUCUGCGGUGGAGUGUUCCUGGCUGUUUUAAUCCUCCUCAUUGCUUUUUGUUGCACCCAUCAGUAUACGAAGUAUGGGGUAUCAGAUCCAAUGAAACAUGAAGAAAAGAAUAGAUCACCUAGGAAUCCACCAAUCAUUAAACGACCCUCGAAAUCGUAUUCAUCACACUCACCAUACAUACGAAGCGAAAAUGUCGUUCCUUUGCAUAAACUAGCGCCAACUCCACCCGAAACAAGUCCUCGCGAUAGCGGUUUCGAUAAUUUCGCGUAUCGAGAUCACGAGAAUAUCAGCGACAGUGAAGAAGUAUACAAACUUCAAAUCCAGAAGUUUUUGCAGCAAGCACCAGCUCUUCGACACAAUGUACUUUCUCGUAGCAACAGUUACGAUCGUGAGGGUAGCGUUAUUUCGGCAAAUUCGAGUCUUAGCCCUGCGAUUAUCAAUCGAAGUAAACCGCAACCAGCCGCUAGACCUAGACCGAGUGCGAUUGGACAAAAGAUUAUAGAUCGCGGUCCAUCUAGAUAUCAGUUAGUUAUGAUUUAAAUUUUAUAAAUAAUUUUAGUUUUAGUUUUUUUAAUUUUACUUUUCAACUAUAUCUUUCAUAA